GCAUAAGUGCUUAUGACGAGCAAAAAUCAAAUUAAAGUAGAUCUUGUAGAUGAGAAUUUUACGGAAUUAAGAGGAGAAAUAGCAGGACCUCCAGACACACCAUAUGAAGGUGGAAGAUACCAACUAGAGAUAAAAAUUCCAGAAACAUAUCCAUUUAAUCCUCCUAAGGUGCGGUUUAUCACCAAAAUAUGGCAUCCUAAUAUUAGCUCAGUCACUGGGGCCAUUUGUUUGGAUAUUCUGAAAGAUCAAUGGGCAGCAGCAAUGACUCUAAGAACAGUGUUGUUAUCGCUGCAAGCGUUGUUGGCAGCUGCAGAACCAGAUGAUCCGCAAGAUGCAGUAGUGGCAAACCAGUACAAACAAAAUCCAGAAAUGUUUAAACAGACAGCUCGACUUUGGGCACAUGUGUAUGCUGGAGCACCAGUUUCUAGUCCAGAAUACACCAAAAAAAUAGAAAACCUUUGUGCUAUGGGCUUUGAUAGGAAUGCAGUAAUAGUGGCCUUGUCUUCAAAAUCAUGGGAUGUAGAGACUGCAACAGAAUUACUUCUGAGUAACUGAGCCAUGUAGAGAGAGCUGCUUCAGUAGUCCAGCUUGCCCCUUCUGGAGGAGCAUCACCAUCUGUUAUUUUUAGGAUUCUAUAUAGAUUCUCUUUUAAAACUGGCGCUCUUGCCUGAUGAUGCUAUCUAGGCACUAUUGGAGACUGAAAAACCGCUCUGUAAAUAAAGCUAAUUAAACGUCUGUGUAAAUUUAAAAAGGGGAAAUACUUUAAUUUUUUUCUUACUAAAUAUUGUAAAAAUUCUUUGAGCUCAGCUAAAACAACGGGGGAAAAACAUGCCUACUUUAGUGUUUAGCAGUGUGACAAAGACUAGCAGGAACUUGCUUCAGGAUUUUGAUUUAGUAAUUCAGAAAGCAACAUUUUUUGAGUGUUAGUCAUCAAAAUUGUUGGUGCCACUCAUCACAGCUAUCUUACUGUUUCUAACAUGGAUCCUAUGUGCCUGUGGAUUGACCUAUAUUUGCAUGCUUGUACUUAAUAGACGUAUUAGGUAGGGUCGCUGAAGAGAGCACCGUUUAAAUACUCAAGUAUUCUUGUGACUUUUUUCCUGAAAGACUUUCAAGAUUUACCCAAAGUUCAAAAUGGUGACCUAUUCAGAACCUUUUUCUUCCUAGUUUAUUAAUUGGGAAACCUGAUUCUCCUCUCCCUUGCAUCAUACAUUGCAUCGCAGAACUAAAAAACCUCACUGGAUUAUUUUCCAUCGUCUGUGGGUGUGUGUGCCAUUUUCAGUAGUGUAGGCUCCACUUUUAAAAAAUAUAUUUUGAAUUACUGUAAUGGUUUUCAGCCAUCAUGUUUUCUACACAAACUCCUAAAGGUUUAGUGUGCUUGGACGUAGCACAAAAAGGUGGAGCUGGCUUUUUUUUUUUUUUUUUUUUUUUGUCUUAAACAAAUGUAAAGUGUGCUUUCAGUACAUUCUGGAUAAUAAUGAUUUCACUGGAUUUGAAGGAGGAAAAAACUGAUUCUCUAGCAUAUUGAGAAUGAAUUUCUUUUUUUCUUUUGAGUACUUGAUGUGAUGCAAUCAGCUGUGUUUUGCAGCGGUUUUCUAGCUUUAUUUUGGGCUUCAGUUUAAGGAUUGCUUACCAGGUACUUCAAAAUUCAUCCUUGCUUGCAUUUUUCUCUAGUUGACACAUGGAGGCUGUGUUGGUGUUUUUACUGUACAUACUUCAAAUGCACAUAGAAGUAGAAGUGUGUUCUCAAUUUAGCUUUCUUUUGGAUUGAUGUUUCUGAUAAACGAGAACUGAAAUCUUAUCUUGGCUUGUACAUACAGUCAGUCUUUUUAUUCGUAUUAAAAUGACAUUUCAUCCUGAGUGCAAAAGCUUGAAAAUUAUUAGUUUUGCAACUUCAAACACUAGUACAUCUAUUUAAAGAGAACUGUAAUGUCUUUAUGAAUAUGAUGCUAACUUUUGAAAAUAUAUCUGACAAAGUUCAGAGAAAAACUGAGAACAGAGACUGGGGAUUGUUGAUAAUGGAGUACUGUAUAAGUCAUCUUUUUCAUGACUAUUUCUUCUCCUAAACAAUAGAUUAAUUGAGCAGAUUGGGGAAAUGUAUGUCUGGGUUUUUUUGCUUGAACUGUGAAGUACAACUCGAAAUAGUUUCACGCUUCAUAGACAGACAGUUUGUAAACGAUACUAGGAGAAAUCGGGAACGUUGCUGAAUCUGUUAAAUAUCUGGAGCGUAGUCAUAGGGGAACAAAACCAGAAAACAGAGCUGUAGAGCCCUAACUAGUUCAGGAUUGCUCCCUGUACUGUUCUGUCUGAGCUGUCCAAAGUUAAAAUAUCAUGGGACACAGACAGUAAAUACUUUUAAUUCAUAUCAGUGCAAUACUAAAUGCAUUUCCUUAGUCUUAAUGCUUACUGCUUUUUAAGGUGUAGUCAGUGAUCGCUUUUCUUGGAUUUUUCUCAAGUUAAUAUAAAUCAUUGUCAAAGAUGCCAAAGGAAACGAAUUGUUUUGUCUUUCAUUAUAUUUAUUUAUUUUUUUUAAACAGGAAGCUGCUACUGUUCAGCUGGUUUGCUAGGUGGAAACCAGGGACAGUAGGAAACUAUUGCAAAAUGCUACUUGUGUUAAUCUCAAGUUGCCGUCUUUUCUGUUGUACAGGCUAAGAACUUCUCGAUUACAUCAACACUUUUUUUUUUUUUUUUUUUACCCUGGUGGUAAUUAUAAAUGACUGACUACUUUCCCUUGUUCUUCGCUGCUAUUUAUCAAAAGAAAGAACUUGGAAAUCAUUGUCGGGGACAUAACACUUCAGUUAUGGGCUUUUGGACGUGUCAUUUGAUAAGAGUAGUUUCCUAAGAACAUCAACUGUAAGCACAUGUCUGAUGAUAACCAGAGCAGAUUUUUCCAGCUGUAUAUCUAGGGAUAGGGUAAGGAAGACAAAGUUGUAGGGGAGGAAAUGGUUAUGUGGUGAUCAUGAUCACCACUGAAACAAUGCCCUGCUAAGAGACUGAUUUCUCUCAUGAGGUUACCUCCUUUUCUUCUCUACUGGAAAGUGCUAGUCUUCCUCUUCCCCUUAUGUAUGGAUAUCAGAUGCUGUUUUUUCCCCCCCUCCAAACAUGUGCUUAAUAGCAAAAGGUAUCUUGAUUGCUAGCUCACAUGCUGACGGGAGGGAACCUCUCAAGAGCAGGGCUGGGAAGAAAGGAUGACCCAGCAUUAAGGAGACCUCUGUGAUCUGAAGUCCCUAUGCAUUUUGACAAGUGAGUCCUUUAUAAGGAAUGUUUUUGUAUUCUUGGUAAUUAUCAGAGUUGAAUAUAGGGAUAAUGUUGUAUGAGGUUAGUUUAACUGCAGCUGGGGCUGAGCCCUGGGAAUUUUACUGUUAGUGUUCGGUUUAACAUUAUGAAUUUGUACAUACAAAAUCGUAGUUCUGUUUUCUAUAUGACUGAACUUCACUAUAUUCAGGGCCCUGUGCAUUCACCAGUGUGGGGUUGACAUGCAGUCUGCUCCUGUUGCAGACUCAUGCUGCUUGUUUACCGCUUACUUAAAACAAGAACACAAAACACGGGUACAGUUGCUUUCGAAGCACAAAUAAAUCCUGUGUUGUCUUCCUCUGCUGUGUAACAAGACAGCUUGAAACAGUAAUUUUGAAGUCUGAAUGGCCCCAUUUAUCUUAACAGGUUAUUGAUAAUGGAGCUUAAAGACUGCCAGAGCAUCAAACAGAUUUCAGUGCUGAGCGUUUUAACGUGCAUCUAGCUUAAGCGGUUUCUCUCUUGUUUGUUAGUAUUGUUGCUGGGGAACAAGAAACUCCUAUUGCAUCCAAUUCCUCACAAAUUUAAAGUGUCAUCUUUCUCAAAGGUAAAGAGAUGUCCUUUCCUGGGUGCCAAAACCCUCAGUUUUCCCACGGGUGCCAGAAGUCCUGACUGUAUCCCACCCCCACUUGCCAAAUUCACAGCUCCCUCCCAUUGCUUCUGUGAACAAGCUGUGUUUCCCAGACAAAAUGGUACAUUUCAGAGACAAAAACUUAAGAACAAAUCCUUCCAGAAAGAUGCUGCACUUGAUGCUAUUCAUUCUACAUAUUCCAAACUUUCCAUUUAAAAAAAAAAAAAA